AUGGCAGCACUGGUGAUACUUCAAGAGCUUCUGAGUUAUCUGGGUUACAGCGUACUUCUCGUGCCUGUGCCUUUCUUUGCGCUGCUGCAUGCAUCUCUCACGGGCGGCACGGUUCGAAGCUUGCUGCAAAGUCUGGUGGCCUCAUGGCGCCGAGAAAACCGGGCCAGAGCCGAGGUGAAACUGUCUCAGCGGCAACUGGAUCAGAAACUCCGCUUCGACGAAGAAGUCCUACGCACCAGAGUGCGAAUGCUCACAAUGUUCAACAAACUGAGGAUCCACUUCUCCUUCGCAGUCUCUUUGGCCACCUUUUGGAAACUCAUCAACAGUCCGUCGCUGAUGUCGUUCUUCCAAUUUAUGGGGCCCAUUCUGGGCUAUUGCCUGGAUGCUUCCUUCCACUCAGGUUUGGUGAAGAUCAAGACCAAUGAGCAGUUUCGGCUGUUGGAAGUUGUUGGGCUUUCCAUUCAGGUCAUCUUUGCCCUUUCGAUCGGGAUGGAGACUGACUUCAAAACUUUCUGCGUCUCUGAAAAGAUCAGUGGCGUGCUUUUCUUUUUCAUGUCAGUGACCAUCAUCGACCGCAAGGUGACCCUUCCGCUCUACAUCUUCGAAGCUAUAGUGCACAUUGCCAGAUCGUGGCAGCUUAUUGGCUUCGAUCAUUUGACGCCUCAAAUCGUUUACUCCUCCCUGGCCUCGCACAUCAUCUUUGCCGCCACACUGGCAUUUAUUGACCAGCUCAUAAUGAGCAAUAUUGCGGCCAAGCUGGAUUCAGGCGAUGCUUCCUCUCUGAUGCGCGGCUUUCGUCAGGUCUUGCGGGGAGUCUGCGACGGAGAUCUCGUUCUGGAUAGCCGAGACUGGAGCAUUGUGGAGGAUGCCAGUUGUUUAGAGCGCUUGCUGAAGUGUAAUAAGGCUUUGAGUGAAACGAAUUUCCUCGACCUCUUUCUGGAUGUCGAGAGCCGAGAGAAUUUUGUGCGCUUCUUGAGUCCCUGGGUGAUGAAUUGCCGUAGCGAUGUUGCGGAAUCCUCUGGGGAAGGUGACGACGACUCCAGCUGCUCCACCCCAUCGCGGCUCGGGACGACCAGAUCUGUUCCACGUGGUCUGAGGGUGUCGUUGCAGGGCGCCACAGGUCCGGUGUCCUUGGAUCUCUUCUGUACCCGGUUACCAGGGCAAGGACCAGCUGGCAGUGACCAGUGUCUGCUGGCCCUGAAAGAGGACCCCGAGCAGGUCCUUGCCGCCGUCCCGGUCUCCGCGGAUGCUUCGCCACCACUGGGCCCACACCACACGCUGGGGGAUCGGCUGCCACCGCAGUCACUGGCGGGAAGGUCCAGGAGUAGCAUUUCGGAAGUGGUGGAAGCAUAUGACGAGUUGGUGGAAGUGGCCUUGCUGGUGAGCAACGCAACAGGGUUGCUGGACAUUGAGGAGGCUCACCUCUCCUUCCAGCGCCAGUCCAAUGCACCGCGGAUUGAAACGGGCAUGCCCACCCUUCGGCGCUUCAUCCGGCCAUCCGACUGGGACCGUGUGGAAGGUGCACGGGUCCCGGAGAAGAUCUGGGGGAUGUUCAACUUUGUCACCGACCUGCCGGCGACGGAGGAGCGGCAGCGCUGUUACUUCCGGCGGCCCAUGCUCUUCCGCUUGCCCGGGGAGUCAAGGAGUUACCUCUGCUCCAGGCAGACCUCUGUCUGCCGGGCAGAUCGAUAUGUGGUGCCAGGGGCUCCGGUGCAUUAUUGGAUGCAUCUCACGGCAUUUGAUAACAGCCAAGUUCAACGUGCUCACGCUGCGUCCGUCUUCGCACUCAACGCCGGAGCGGUGUCCUUUGGUCAGAUUGUCAAGGCAGCUGAGCCAGCCUUUGCAGCUCUGUUGGGCGUGAUGUUCUACGGUCAGAAGGUUAGUCUGGGCAAGUGGCUUUGCCUCAUCCCAGUGAUUGGUGGCGUUGUCUUGGCGUCCUUAGGUGAGAUGAACUUCGCCUGGGCAGCGCUGCUCACGGCAGCCAUGGCAAACGUCUUCGCAGCCAUCAAGGGCAACGAGAACAAGAAACUCAUGCAGACUGAAGGUCUCAAGGACCGGAUGGGUGGUGUGGGCAACCAGUUCGCCAUCACGAUGUUGAACUCAUUUGGAUUCUGCCUCAUCAUCAUGCUGCUGACAGAGGGCUCCCGAUUUGGAGCGUUCAUGAAGGUGGCCUCCACGACUCCGGCAGUGGUCAUGAACCUCGUCAUGUCCGGCCUGUGGUUCUAUGCCUACAACGAGCUUGCAACGUUUACCAUUAAGAAGACCAAUGCGGUGACGUCCUCCGUGGCAAACACAGCAAAACGUGUGAUUGUCAUCGUGGGCGUGGCCAUUGUGAUGCACGAGAGCUUGUCACCUUUGAAGCUGGCUGGCUGUGCCAUUGGCAUUGGUGGCGUGUUCCUGUACUCUGUCAUUGACGAUAUCCUGAAGAAGAAGUGA